GUAUAAUGUUUUAAUUGCUGUUGGAGUGAAUAAAAUAACAAUAUCGACUAAGUGGUAAUUUAAGGUUUUUGAUAGUGAGAAAAGAAAGAUCUCAAGAAACACAUAACACAGAGAAUGACAACGAAGAAGACUAAACUAGAGAACUUGCUUUCUCCUUCAUCUUCAUGGCGAGAAAACCAUAAUCCUCCUCGGAGAAACUCAAAUUCCUCCGCUGUUUCCUCUGGCUGCCUCCCUGGGUUCUUCAACCUCUUUCUGUCAACCUUCAACUUCUCUUCCAACCGCCGCAAAUCCAUCACUUUGGGAUCUAAAAAACAAGAAGAGAGAACCGUCGUCUACGUUUCUCCUCCGGAAGAUGCAUCAAACGUAGUCGUCAAGCCGCCGCUUCAACACAACGAAGGAGAGGGAGAUGCAACGAGGGUGAGUCUUGUCGGAGCGUUAGAGAAAUGCGAUAGGGACUUAGAGGAGCUCCGGAGAACCAUCAACGUCAUAAAAACCACUUACCUUCUUCACAAAAAACUUGAGGUUUCACCACCAACGGCAUGUACCGGAGAUGUCGUCGCGGGGCCGCAACCAAGUAAGAACACCAAGACGACAAUACACGAAACAGACACGGACACAACAAUAUUGUCGAAGAUGAUGAACAAUCACGAGUAUAAAGACAACAAAACAUACAAAGUCAACAACAUUAACCUAAUCACUAGACCUGAUCAUUAUGACGUCAUUUCCAAGAGAGCAACGAUGGAUACGCAUUGCACGACGCCACCUGAGGUGCGGAAGGUAAGAUCACGGAGUUUGAUGGACAGCGUGAACCAGGUUUGUGAUGACUUAGCAUCUGGUCAACGAAGAGAGGUUGCUAAGAUCGGUUUGGCCCUUCAUGACCACAUAUGCCGGGAUUUGAUCACAGAGAUCGUUGGCGAGCUCUCCUUUUCUUACUACUAUGACGAUGACGAGUGUCGUAAGUCGGCGGUGGAUUCUGUUGAUUGUUACGGCAGAGGAGGUGGACGCCGACACAUCCGACGUGGUGGUACCAACUCACUCCCGCUCGACGCAUUUCGAAGAAAAUUAGUGUUUUGAUGUGAUCGAUCUCUUUUGUUUUUUGUUUUGUAUGUCUUAGUCGCCACAGUUUCACUACACGUGUUGUAGCUCUUAUUUUACAAUCUUGUUGUAUUAAUAAUCUAAGACAUUGUUACCAAAAAAAUAAUCUAAGUAAAUGGUGCAAAUGGUUGGGUUUAAUGAUAA